CUCUUAAAAACACCCACCCAAAUUUCAAUCGAUGGGCUACCUCUUUUUAGAAGUUCCCGUAAGCAGCUUUGGCCAAUACAGAUUAGAGUGGCAGAAUUGGCCAAACAUCCGGCAAUGAUUGUUGGAACUUUCGGAGGAUCUGUUAAACCUAGUGUAGAAGAGUUUUUAAGACCAUUGGUUGAAGAAAUUAAUGAACUACAAAAAAGAGGUUUGCAAUUCGGAGAUAAGUUAUUACCAUUUUCUCUUCGUGCAAUUAUCGCCGACUCACCAAUGCGGGCCACUUUAAAAGCCACCAUGAAUUACAAUGGGAAACAUGGAUGCCUAAAAUGCACUUGUGUUGGAACGACAAUUGCAAAUAGCGACUCUAAUAAAAUAAUUUUUGAUUCGGUAAACGCUGAUCCACGUACCGAUGAAGGAUUUAGGCAAAGACUGGACGAAUUGCACCAUAAACCAUGGCGUACUCCUCUAGAGGACAUCGAUGGUUUUGAUAUGGUUGAAGGUAUUCCUGUUUCUGAUAGACUGCAUUUAGUGGAUGAAGGAGGUACUCAAAAAAUUUUAGCUGGUAUUCUUGAUGAUAAUUUCGAAAAUGUGGAACACUUGUUUCCUCGACAGAAGGAUGCCAUAUCAGCAUUUAUAAUGAAAAUACGAUUACCUUCUGAAAUACCUCGUAGAAUCCGCCAUCUGAACGAAGUUCCUUUGUGGAAAGCUACAGAAUCGGCAACGUUACGCAACACAUGGGCAACGUCUCAAGUAUACUCCAAUAUCCUGUGGAAAAAGUGGCUAAAGGAAUUGUUGGAUUUCUAG